AUGGCCUCGAACUGCGCGGGGGGCUCGGCGGCGGGGGGCGGCGGCGGCGGAGCGGCGCUGGGCGCGGUGCUCAGCGCCAGUAAAACCAAGACCAAGAAGAAGCACUUCGUGUGCCAGAAGGUGAAGCUGUUCCGGGCCUCGGAGCCGCUGCUCAGCGUCCUCAUGUGGGGAGCCAACCACACGAUCAACGAGCUCAGCAAUGUUCCUGUCCCCGUCAUGUUAAUGCCGGAUGACUUUAAAGCCUACAGUAAGAUUAAGGUGGACAAUCAUCUAUUCAACAAGGAAAACCUGCCAAGUCGCUUUAAGUUUAAGGAAUAUUGUCCACUGGUGUUCCGAAACCUCCGGGAGAGAUUUGGGAUUGAUGAUCAAGACUACCAGAACUCGGUGACACGCAGCGCGCCGGUGAACAGUGACAGCCAGGGCCGGUGCGGGGCUCGCUUCCUCACCACCUACGACAGGAGGUUCGUCAUCAAGGCAGUGUCGAGCGAGGAUGUAGCAGAGAUGCACAACAUCUUAAAGAAGUACCAUCAGUUCAUAGUGGAGUGUCAUGGGAACACCCUCCUGCCUCAGUUCCUUGGCAUGUACCGGCUCACCGUGGAUGGAGUGGAAACCUACAUGGUGGUGACCAGAAACGUGUUUAGUCACAGGCUGACUGUGCACAGGAAAUACGACCUGAAGGGCUCAACAGUAUCCAGGGAAGCAAGCGAUAAGGAGAAGGCCAAGGAUCUACCAACAUUCAAGGACAAUGACUUCUUGAAUGAGGGCCAGAAGCUGCAUGUUGGAGAAGAGAGUAAAAAGAACUUCCUGGAGAAGCUGAAGAGGGAUGUGGAGUUUUUAGCUCAGCUGAAGAUCAUGGACUACAGCUUGCUGGUUGGGAUCCACGAUGUUGACCGAGCAGAGCAGGAAGAGAUGGAAGUGGAGGAUCGGGCAGAGGACGAGGAGUGUGAGAACGAUGGGCUGGGAGGCAACCCCAUCUCCUCCUAUGGAACCCCCCCUGACAGCCCUGGCAACCUCCUCAACUACCCACGUUUCUUUGGGCCUGGGGAGUUCGAUCCCUCUGUCGACGUCUACGCCAUGAAAAGCCACGAAAGUGCCCCCAAGAAGGAAGUGUACUUCAUGGCCAUUAUAGACAUUCUUACGCCAUAUGAUGCGAAGAAGAAAGCUGCACAUGCUGCCAAAACAGUGAAACAUGGGGCUGGGGCAGAGAUCUCCACCGUGAAUCCAGAGCAGUACUCUAAACGCUUCAAUGAAUUUAUCUCCAACAUCCUGACAUAGUCGUCUUCAGCCUUCAGCGAGACAUGAAGAGGAAGAGGGGGCUACUUCCAAACAGAGAACGCAGCCUGUGACACUAAAACAGACACUGUAGCAGCAUGUGGGGUGUGUGUGUGCGCGUGUUGAGUGUGCAAGAGCGAGUGUGUGGUACUGUGUGACUUAAAGAGAACACUAAUUCUAGGUGCACCCUCCACCAGUCCACUUGACCCAGGUGGAAAAGUGGGAUUUUACGUUACAGAAGUGCCCAGACACAGAUUUGAGGGCUUUUUAAAUCAAGCAAAGUGCAUUGUUUCAGCACUGCUCUUUCUAACGACGUUUUCUCCUCUCCGGUCAAGAGAAGCCCAUAGGGAUAUGAUACGUGGCACUGUCUAGAAGGGGUCGCUCUAGGUCAUGUUCAGUGGGAGUGAAGUGGUGCCUGAUUCCACAAACUACUAUUUUGGGGGUUUUUUAUUAUUGGACUGUCUUUACCAGAAAGACACACAAACCCUUUUAUUUCCCUCUUGGUAGGAAUUGGAAGGAAACUAGCUCACCAUUUCAAGGACAGAAAAUACUACUCUGAUAAGGAGGAGUCGCUGAACUUUAGGUAAAUUCAGACUGGGACACUUUAUGCUUUUGGGUUAAUUUAAGACAGACUUUUGUAACUGCACUUGGUUUCCAAGAAAGCUGAGGGAAAUGAACAUCUACCAAAGAUGAUCACUUAAAGAGGUGUAACUCCUAGAACGUAAAGAAACAGGUAUGAGAAGUAGUAGAGGCAUUGAAUGACCUCGGAUAAUAACGUGCUCGGACCCAUUGUGCUUUAAAUUGGCCAACUAUGAAGAUCUCAUAAAAGGAAAAAGAACAAAAAGGCAUUUUGUACCUGUAGAUAUGGGAUGUAUUUGAGUAUCCGGAGUGUUUCCCUGUCGCACCUCGGUCAGGAAUUACCGUGUCUCUUAGGUGACAGCUUAACAUCGCACUUCUGCCAGUGUUAAUCUAGCUAAUGUUCAGUCUUCCUUACUAGCCCGAUCUGCAACAGGUACUUGAAUUUGUUUCCUGACAGAGGUUCAUUUUUCACAUGGCAAUGUGACUUGCACACGAAGGAAUUGGACUUCGCUACCAGUGGGGAGUGCUGGGAGCUGGGAGUGUGGAGCGAGUCUCCCAGCUCCAAAGGACUCAGGACUUGAGCUGUGGUUGGUUUCACUCUUCUCUGCUCCAUACCCCUCUCUAGAGCAACAGUCAAGGAGUGGAAAUGUUUGAACACUCGCACCAGAUUAUUCCCCCCCCCCUUUCCUUUAAGGAAUUGGAACUGAUUGGAGUGACUGAAUAACGUCCUGUUUUGUCUCCAGAAUGCUUGUACUAUUUCUCACAGCCAAGCUUGUCAGACUUGCUUUGGGUUUCGUUAGCUCUGCUGCACACCACUUACAGAUCUCUUGGGUUCCUUUUUUAAUUGUCUUUCUCUUUUUGAAGCAGGAUUUAGUGUUUUGAACAAACCUCUUGCAGUUGAAACAUGUUGCUUCUCUGCCUUGAAACUGUUUUCACAUAUGCCUUUGUUUCGGGAAUAAGCUGUUUCGAAUGUCUGUCCUGUGCUGUAACACGUGCUACAGUUUGCUGUGUGGAAUUUGGUCCUUUUGAGAGAUAACUGGUGCUCAUCACAUCCUGGUAAUUUCCCUAGGACUAACCUAGCUCUGGUCUGGAUUCUGAAUGUGGGCUUGGGGUUCUCGUAGACGUUCACACCCACAUUAGUGAUGUGAAUCCCACAGGUCUCAACUUUGAAGGGGACAAAGAGGGGCUGAAGUCUCAGCCCACAAGAGUGCACUGUAAAUAGAGUCUUUAAGAAAACAAGAAUUCACAUUUAGGGGUCAUAACGGGAUAUGAAUCUUCCUUCAUUCAUGGGUCAUUCCCUUUGACACGGGACAAAUCUCUUCUCCACUGGAGUGCGGUCCCUGUUCCGUGUGAUGUGGGGUUAACACACCAUUGUCUGGGAGGCCUGAGAGUCUCAUGUCUUAAGGUGUGUAGCUGGAAAAGCCACAAAACAAAUGCAGCUAUACUUGGAAAAAGGGAGGACUCGGAGGGUAACAUCAGCUUGGUUUUGUGGGCAUUAUAUUGGUUGCUUUUCUCUUACAACAAUAAGCACUUAAGUUUAAAUACCAAUCACUUUUUAUUCUUGACAGUUAUAAAACUCUGCAUUGAAUCUGCAACUUUGGCCUGGUAAGUUUGUAUUCUCCUUUGGGGAAAGUAGCUGGGACCUUUGAAAGGCUUGAAAUCAUGCCUUUAUAAAGGAAAAACAAGAGAGAAAUGGGGGGAGGAAGAGAGAAGGGGAUGAGUGAACUGCAGCCAUCCUACAAAGCAACCAACCCAAAGAAAGUCAGCAGAUGAAGCUUGCAUAGCUCGGAGCAAGAGUCUCAUUCAUCACCAGGGCUGAUAGGAAAAUGCAGUUAGUUCCUGCAGCAGUCUUUCUGGAAGGCUGAUGCUAAAGGGCUUAAGAGCAGUUAAUUCUAUUUCCUUAUUCCACUCCAACCAACCUCCUUUGAGGAUCAAAUUGGCUGUCGCUGGCUCGGGUGACACCAAAAGCCCCAUGAGCUCCAUUCACUUUAGUGCUUCCCCAGUUCUGCCACUUCUGUCAAGUUGCCAUAGUUGUGUAUUAAAGUAAGGACGUGCGAUUCCCUCACUUCCUGAUGUAUUACCCAGGUAUGGAACUGUGUUUAACAGAAGCAUUUUGUAUAUUGUUUACAUUUUGAGAGGUAGUGUUGCGUUGAAAAAAUGCUCAGUUUUGGUUCUAGACAGUAUUUUUCUUACCAGAAUAAGAAGUGAAGCUGCAAAUAUUUGAUUUCUUUUUAAAAGGGACUUUUUUUUCUUGGUUUUAUUUUUUUUUUGUUGUUUUUUGGGUUUGGUUUGGGGUUUUUUUCUUCAAAUCUUGUUUUUGGUCACUUUUUUAACUCGGAAGUAUUUAAAAGCAAAACCCAGCCCUUUCCAUUCUUGGUUUUACCAACUGCUUGUGCUAGUUUGUUGUCUGUUUCUGGUGUGAAUUUAGUUCUAGGUUGCUGAAUGUAGAUAUUUCUGUCUGUAGCAUGUACCCUGCAGAACACUUUACACUGAAGUGCAUUUGACUGCAAACCACCCCUGGCUGAAAGAGUUGCAGUGGGUAGCAGGAUGGUAGAAGGAUGCUGCAAUCCUUUGGGCAGCUGGAGGUUCUGAAAGGAUUAGUGUGUAUCUCCAUGCCUGAAGGCAGGGGGAGGGUCCACAGUCCUACCUGUGCUGAGGGUCUCAUUCUGAACAGGGAUCUGUCAAAUUUCAUGACCUAAAAAGUGGUUUUAACCUAGAACUUGACAUCUUCCCUGUCUGAGAUAGUGGGAGAGGGAAGGCUGAGUGCAGAGUCACAGGGUGUGACUGUGGGUGCUGUUCUGCUCCAAUAGUGCAAUAAAACCCACUCGAGGACGUGUUGGGUCACCCUGUGAGAGAGCACCAUGUUCUGGAGGUACCAGGCAGCGCCUGCCCUGUGGGGCAGCUUCAGUGCCAGGAAGAGGGCCUGGGUUUGCUGUAUGGAGAGGGAAUGUCAGCAGGAGUUCUUACAGCAAGGGCUCCUUCCUCUGGUCUGGUACAUGCCUCUGAUUGACCUGCUUUUCAUUCUAAAAGCCAUGCAGUUCAUCACAGGGAGGACUUCAGAAGUCCAGAAUCCUGUGGGAAUGAGGCUGUACUCUCACCUCCAGGAAUCCUAGUUUUGAAUCCAAUUAUCACAACCAGGAAGAGCAUUAAAACAUUGGAGUCUUACUUCCUGCUCUCCCCUCGGGAGCACUGCCACAGUCACCUUCAGUAGCCUCUUAGCCCAGGAAAGGCACAGAGCAGGGUUGUGUUGUAGUUAUGGGCUGUGUUUGGUGUAGGGGUUGUGUGCUGUCCUACACAGUCUUUACAACCACCUCCCUCCCAGCUGCAGAGCUCCAAGCAUUGAACCUUGAGGUGGUCCAAACCUUUCUGAAGUCAGUGUGUGUGUCCUCAACUUGGUUUGUGAUGCUGAGGAACCGAUCUGAGACAGAUCCAGGUUCCAAUAGCUCCAAAACAAAACUCCUCUCCCCAUGUGUCCUAAUGCCUGUUGGCUUCCUUGCUCCUGCAGAGCCAUUCUCCAGUAUCCAGAUUAGCCACUACUGAUUUCCCUUGCUCUUUGGUGUAUCACGUGUAACAGUGCUGGCAAAGCUCAGAACCAGCUGUUGGGCAUCCAUCGGGUUGAGUGCUUUGGGUUUUUCUCUACUAUGUUGUACUGGUCUUUGCUCAGCUGCACCCCAGCGUGUUACACACAGGUUGUAAGUGUGGGCAGGGCUGAUCAGUGCCACUGAAAACAAUGUGAAUAAAUGAAGUUCAAUCUAAAAGUCAAGCAAACAACAACAACAAAAGCAUUCUAGGGUUUUUUCACUGCUGUUUUUUAACUAGGAAGUUGAAGUCCUCUGUGCUUGUCUGUUUGCUAGGAGCAGUUUGAGACACUGUUACUGUUUUGAAAUGCAUGCAUGUUACAAGAUGAGUCUCCAACCAGAGAAAAAUAAAAGUAAGACUUUGUGUACA